ACACUCAUGUGUCAAAAGCAAGCUGUAUACAUAUAUACCAAUAGAUUAAUACCUUUUUUCUUGAGGGCAAGUGUCGUCUAGGUGGUCAUUCGUCCGAUCUCUGGGUUUUUGUGCAGCCCUUUUAUGGUGUCUUAUUGUGUGCAAGUUCUUUCACACAUAUUCAUGCAGCUUUAGCGUAGAAGUAGAAGAUAUUAGUCCUUUUGGGUUUGGAUUGGGAGGUGAAUCUUGGCACUGAAGCAGAAGCAAGUGAGUUUUUAGUUCAAAAAGAUGGCGGCGCUUGUUGGGGACGACCGGGCUGCGGCAACGUCCCUCAGCCGGGGAUCCGCCAGUAGGCGGAUCAGCUUUGCAUCUGUCAGCACAAGAAGUUGGGCUUCAGCUAGUGUGAGGGAGGUUUUCACUGCACCAGGACAGGAUGCCUUUGAGAAAAGUGGGAGAGAAUAUGAUGAUCAAGAGGAGCUGAUUUGGGCUGCCAUUGAGAGGCUCCCAACGUAUGAUCGUACGAGAAAAGGGAUUCUGAAGCAAGUGUUGGAGGAUGGAAAAGUUGUUCGUGAAGAGGUUGAUUUUGCUCAUCUUGGCAAUCAAGAGAGGAAGCACCUCAUGGAUAAUAUACUCAAAGUUGUUGAUGAAGAUAAUGAGAGGUUCUUGCAGAGGCUAAGAGAUAGAACUGAUAGGGUUGGAAUCGAUAUCCCAAAAGUAGAAGUUCGUUAUGAGCAUCUGUCGGUCGAUGGAGAUGCCUAUGUUGGAUCCAGGGCUCUUCCUACUCUGUUGAACGCUACUUUGAAUGUGAUAGAGGGUAUUUUUGAGAAAGUGAAGAUUAUCCCUUCGAAGAAAAAAUCUAUCAAGAUACUUCAUGAUGUUAGUGGGAUCAUAAAACCUUCAAGGAUGACACUACUUCUUGGACCUCCAGGCGCUGGGAAAACUAUAUUGUUGAAGGCACUAGCUGGCAAGCUGGACGAAGAUCUUAGGGUAAAUGGAAGAAUCACGUAUUGUGGUCAUGAGAUGUCAGAGUUCAUUCCUCAGAGGACUUGCUCUUAUAUCAGUCAACAUGACCUUCACCAUGGAGAAAUGACCGUCAGGGAGACAUUAAACUUUUCAGGACGUUGCUUAGGAGUUGGAACCAGAUACGACCUCCUUGUAGAAUUGUCCAGGCGAGAGAAAGAGGCAGGAAUUAAACCUGACCCUGAAAUUGAUGCAUUCAUGAAAGCCACAGCAGUGGCAGGCCAAGAAUCUAGUCUAGUAACGGACUACGUUCUCAAGAUCCUUGGAUUAGAUAUAUGUGCUGAUAUAUUGGUGGGAGAUGAGAUGAGACGGGGGAUCUCUGGUGGACAGAAGAAGCGGCUCACAACUGGUGAAAUGUUGGUCGGACCAGCAAAAGUUUUCUACAUGGACGAGAUCUCAACUGGUCUUGAUAGUUCGACUACAUUUCAGAUUAUUAAGUAUAUGAAGCAGAUGGUUCAUAUCAUGGAUGUGACAAUGAUAAUAUCCCUUCUCCAACCAGCACCAGAAACUUUUGAGCUUUUUGAUGAUGUUAUCUUGCUUUCUGAAGGACAAGUUGUCUAUCAAGGUCCUCGUGAGAACAUCCUUGAGUUUUUUGAGAGUGUUGGAUUCAAGUGCCCGGAGAGGAAGGGAGUAGCAGACUUUUUACAAGAAGUUACUUCAAUAAAAGACCAACAGCAGUACUGGUUUAAGAAGGAUGAGCCUUACCGAUAUAUUUCAGUAGCUGAGUUUGUUGAUUGCUUCACCUCUUUCCACAUUGGACAGAAGCUUUUUGAUGAACUCGCUGUCCCCUAUGAUAAAACUAAAGCCCAUCCUGCUGCUUUGGUUACUGAAAAAUAUGGGAUAUCCAAUAUGGAACUGUUCAAGGCAUCCUUAUCAAGGGAGUGGCUCUUGAUGAAACGCAACUCUUUCUUGUACAUAUUUAAGAUAUUCCAGAUAACUGUAAUGUCAAUAAUUACCUUCACGGUAUUUUUUAGAACAGAGAUGAAAUCAGGCCAAUUAGCUGAUGGAGGAAAAUUUUACGGUGCACUGUUUUUCAGCCUGAUCAAUGUGAUGUUUAAUGGCACAGCAGAGCUUGCGCUGACGGUUCUUAGACUUCCAGUGUUCUUCAAACAAAGGGAUGCUCUGUUUUACCCUGCUUGGGCUUUCUCUCUACCAAUUUGGCUUCUUAGGAUCCCUCUUUCUCUCAUGGAAUCAUUGAUCUGGAUCAUUCUUACCUAUUACACUAUUGGAUUUGCUCCUGAAGCUAGUAGGUUCUUCCGUCAACUGCUGGCAUUUUUUGCACUGCAUCAGAUGGCUUUAUCACUAUUCCGGUUUAUUGCCGCACUUGGGAGAACACAGGUUGUCGCAAACACUCUGGGUACCUUCACUUUGCUAAUGGUCUUUGUUCUUGGUGGUUUUAUUAUUGCAAAAGAUGACAUUAAACCAUGGAUGAUCUGGGGGUACUAUGUGUCUCCUAUGAUGUAUGGUCAGAAUGCUAUCGCCAUUAACGAGUUUCUCGAUAAACGAUGGAGCAGUCCGAACACCGAUCCAAGGUUUCCUGAACCGACAGUGGGCAAGGUUCUUCUUAGCAUGAGGGGCAUGUUUUUGGAGGAUUAUAUGUACUGGGUUUGUGUUGCUGCUCUCUUUGCCUUUUCUAUCCUCUUCAACAUCUGCUUCAUUGUAGCACUGACGUACCUAAAGCCUUUUGGAGAUUCAAAGUCUAUUAUCCCGGAUGAGAAAAAUAAGAAAAAGAAUCUCGCCUCCGACGGAAUUCAAACCAGUAACAGGAGUGCAGCCUCUGCAGCUCCCACAGCCGAAGGCAAAGAAAUGUCUGUAAGGAGUGAAUCUGAAGGAAACAACUCGGCAGAUAAUUCAAUGACAAGAAGAGGAAUGGUGCUUCCGUUCACCCCAUUGUCACUAGCAUUUCAUCAUGUGAACUACUAUGUCGAUAUGCCUGCUGAAAUGAAAAGGACAGGGAUUGAAGAAACUCGUCUUCAAUUGCUGAGAGAUGUCAGUGGAGCUUUCAGGCCCGGGGUUCUGACGGCAUUAGUUGGUGUAAGUGGUGCUGGUAAGACCACGUUGAUGGAUGUCUUGGCAGGAAGGAAAACAGGCGGAUACAUUGAAGGAAGUAUCAGCAUUUCUGGUUAUCCAAAGAAUCAAUCAACUUUUGCUCGUGUCAGCGGCUAUUGCGAACAAAAUGACAUCCAUUCUCCACAUGUCACUGUUUACGAGUCUAUUGUAUACUCUGCCUGGUUGCGUCUUUCUCCUGACGUAAACAAGGAAACACGGAAGAUGUUUGUGGAGGAAGUGAUGGAGUUGAUCGAGUUGAAUCCCUUGAGAGAUGCUUUAGUUGGUCUUCCGGGAGUGGAUGGUUUGUCGACUGAACAGAGAAAGAGACUCACCAUAGCCGUAGAACUGGUUGCUAAUCCAUCAAUAAUCUUCAUGGAUGAACCGACAUCAGGUCUUGAUGCUAGAGCUGCUGCUAUUGUGAUGCGAACUGUUCGCAACACUGUAGACACUGGAAGAACUGUUGUGUGCACAAUUCACCAACCAAGUAUAGAUAUUUUUGAAGCUUUUGACGAGCUACUGCUGAUGAAGAGAGGAGGGCAAGUUAUUUAUGGAGGACCUCUAGGCCAUCAUUCUCGUCUGUUAAUAGAAUACUUUCAAUCCGUGCCGGGGGUUCCUGAGAUCAAAGAAGGUUAUAAUCCUGCCACGUGGAUGCUGGAGGUCAGCACUCCUGCCAUGGAGGCACAACUUAAUGUCGAUUUUGCAGAAAUUUACGCCAACUCUGAUCGUUACCGGAGGAACGAAGAGCUAAUUAAACAACUCAGCACUCCAGCCCCAGGGUCGCAGGACUUGUAUUUCCCGACAGAAUAUGCUCAGUCCUUCCUUUCUCAGUGUAGAGCUUGCUUCUGGAAGCAACACUUGUCUUAUUGGAGGCACCCUCAGUACAAUGCGAUCAGGUUCUUUAUGACGACAAUCAUUGGUGUUAUAUUCGGAGUCAUAUUUUGGGACAAAGGGCAGCAAAUGUCUAAACAACAAGACCUGAUGAACCUGGUCGGAGCUAUGUACUCUGCCGUCAUGUUUCUUGGAGGAACAAACACAUCUGCUGUACAGUCUGUUGUAGCAGUGGAAAGGACCGUCUUUUACCGUGAAAAAGCAGCAGGGAUGUAUUCACCAUUGCCCUAUGCAUUUGCCCAGGUGGCCAUUGAGACCAUUUAUGUUGCAAUCCAGACUUUCAUAUACAGCCUUAUCCUUUACUCUAUGAUUGGAUUCCACUGGGGAGCCGAUACAUUCUUUUGGUUCUAUUUCUUUGUAUUUAUGUGUUUCGUCUACUUCACUGCUUACGGGAUGAUGCUUGUCGCACUCACUCCAAACUACCAGAUUGCUGCAAUUGUCAUGUCGUUUUUCCUCAGCUUCUGGAAUUUGUUCUCUGGUUUCCUCAUUGCAAGAACGGAAAUUCCUAUAUGGUGGAGGUGGUAUUACUGGGCGUCUCCAGUGGCGUGGACUAUAUACGGUCUCGUGACGUCUCAGGUGGGUGACCGCAACGAACCCGUUGAAGUGCCUGGAUUCCCUGAUAUUUCAGUGAAGCAGUAUCUGGACCGUUUCCUGGGAUUCAAAUAUGACUUCCUAGGAGCUGUUGCUGCCGCGCAUGUCGGCUGGGCAAUCCUGUUCUGUCUUGUCUUUGCUUACGGCAUCAAGUACCUCAACUUCCAAAGGAGGUGAAGGGAGCCUUGGGGGAGAGUUACUGAACUCAACAGAGUUUCUUGUGUAAAGAACCAAGAACUCUUACAGAUAUUGUUGCCUGUACACAGUUUUUCUUGGUAGAGUUUCUUUUCAUUAUUCUGUUACAGUGUUUAUUUGCAAUAAAUGUUUGAUGGUCUGAGAGAAAUCUUGCUUUUGUUCCAACACCAAACUAUAAUUUUACCCAAUAUAUGUUUUUUUGUUUGAAAAGUUA